AUGUCUACGUUUUUGCUAAAAUUCAAAGCAAUACUUACGAAAUAUCCGGUAACACGGGGUAUGGUCUCCUACAGUUUGAUAUGGCCCACCAGCAGUUUAAUUCAGCAAACAUUUGAGAAUAAAGAAUUUGGACAUUUUGAUUGGUGGCGUUGUUUACGUUUCAGUUUGUAUGGUGGACUUUUUGUGGCCCCAACAUUAUAUGGAUGGAUUAAGAUAUCAUCAGCAAUGUGGCCCAAGACAUCUCUCCGAACGGCAGUUAUGAAAGCAGCCGUCGAAACAGUAUCCUAUACACCGGCUGCCAUGACAUGUUUUUAUUUCAUUAUGAGUUUAUUGGAAAUGAAAACGUUGGGUGAAGCAUCGGCCGAAGUUAGUAAGAAAUUUUUACCCACUUAUAAGGUCGCUGCCUCGGUAUGGCCCAUUGUGGCCACCAUAAAUUUCUCUGUGAUACCAGAGAAAAAUCGUGUACCAUUCAUCAGUGUUUGUAGUUUAAUAUGGACAUGCUUUUUGGCCUAUAUGAAGCAUUUGGAACAUCAUGAAAUCGAUGAUGAAGAGAAAUUUAUAUUGGCCAAGAAAAAAGAAAAGUAG